UACCAAUAACAUUAACACCAAUAUUAACAAGUACAACAUUAUUCUCAACAACAAUAUCAAUGCCAUUGAAUACAAUACAAAACAUCAAAGAAAAACCAACACAAUCAAUACAAAUAAUAGUAGCAACACCAAGCACAGAAUCAACAAAUAAUAAUAAUCAAACCCUA